AUGUUUAGCAAUCAUGGAACGAAGAUGUCCAUAAUACGUCUUUAUUCGACAAAAAAAGUGGUAUCCAAACCAGUCUCUUCGUUAACAAAAAUUGGAUUUAAUCAACCGAUCGAUAUUUCUUCUAAAGAAACAUUCAAUGAGUCCUUGAAAACUAAUAAGACUUUCGCACAACUACACGCUUUAUACUUGACAAAUAAAUUACAAUUCCAAAAUGAUAAUGAUAUCACAAAAGUAGCGAGUUUCACACCAGAGAUAAAUUCUCAAAGAACAUUGCCAAGAACACAAUUUCCCAAGAAUAAAAUAUUCCAACAGGUCAUCUUUGAUCCCAAAAUACCUAAAUGGAGGAAAUCAAUAACAAAAUGGUAUCGUUUAGGUACAACACUUUUACGUUACUAUAGAGAUGGGAUUAAGAAUACAAUAAAAGCAUAUAGAUCCACCACCAAAUAUGAUUUGCGUACUCUUUUCAGACAAUUAGAAAUUGACAAUACAACUAUAUCGACUUUGAAAAUAAAUAGGAAGGAUUUUAUUGAAUCACUUCGAAGUAGGAAUGAAUUUAAAAAGAUACCGAAUUUCAUAUUGUUAAGUUUGAUAUUUGAAGAAUGUACCGUCUUGAUAUGUUAUUUUUGGCCAAGGGUAGCAUUAUGGAAUUGUUUGAAUCCCGGUGGAUUUAAAAAAUUAAGUGAUUCUCUAGUCCAAAAUGAAGACCCUUUUCAGAAUGAGGUUAUUGGUGAUGCUCGAUAUAUUUCACCUUAUAGUUUGGAUUUCCAAAAGCUGCAUUCCAACCUCCGUCGUAGUCAUAUCAUGAGAAUGAAUUUUUUUAAAUUGAAAUUCUAUGAGCUUUUCCAAAUGAAAAAUCCAAUAAUUGAAAGACUAGUAAAUAUUUAUCAAUAUAUAUUUAUUGAUGAUAGAUUAUUAUUACAAUCAAUAUUACAUGGUAAUGAGAAAGCCCCUGUCAUUUGGGGAUAUGACGAAUUAGUAAAUUUCAUUUUAGAGAGAAAAUUGUACCAUCAUGGGGAAGAUUUAAAUAAACUUGUGAAUACAAAUGAAGGUAGAGAUCUUUUAAUCUGGAGAAUGUUACUAUAUUUAUCAUUUCGAUUCGAUAAUACUAUUUAUCUCAAUGGUACUUCGACUUUUUCUGAAAAAUGGGGGACGUAUAAUAUGUACCUUUUAAAUAAUCCAGGUACUUCGAUAAACCAUGAUGCUACUACAAAAAUAACUGUCCUGAAGGAGAAUAUAGUAAAGAGUGCAUUAUAG